AUGCCAGGGUUUGGCUUGCACCAAUUCGUGACCAGCAAUGCGGCCAAAGACCGUGUUUAUGCAACCUCUAUGAGCGAGCCUCCCCGGCUAUUUUCAUGGGCCGUCGAUAAGGACUACAAGUUCACCCACCUUGACACGGUCAACAUAACUUCAUCGGCAUGCUACAUCUCCGACGAUGGCCGAUAUGCUUUCAGCGCUGGUGGUCCAACUGCGCACAUUCAUUCACUCGAUGAUGGCGCCAUUGGAGAUGAGAUUCAAGAGCUCUAUCUUAUCCCGGAGGAGGACAUUGAUAGUGUGGACAAAACCAGGCAAGCCGUUCUGCAUGGUGCCCAUGCCUUCGAUGUCAAUAUAAAUAACAAGGGCUUUGUUCCCCAUCUGGGUAUGAACUCGAUCUUUAUGUACGAAAUCGCAGACAAUGGCUCUGCUCAGCUUCUGUCCAUCAAUCUGAGCCCAACGGAAGGCGACGGCCCUCGAAACUCCUAUGCUAAUAAGAAUGGGAAGCUCCUCUACGUGGUAACCGAGCAUACUCAGUGGCUUGAUGUUUACGAAAUUGGCGAGACUCAGCUCCGGCAUGUCCAACGCGGCAGCGUUAUUCCCGAUGAUGUACGAGGUCAGUUCACGUUCCGAAGCAAUACCGUCCAACCAUCUCGAGAUGGCAAGUAUCUCUUUGCUUCGACCCGCAGUUGGGAGAGCCCCGGUGCAAAUGGAUAUGUUGCCGCAUUCGAGUUGGACGAUGCUGGGUACCUCGAAAGCGAAACGGCAGUGACUUUUUAUGAAGCUCCCGUGACUCUUGGUUCUGCGGGUGGCCUUCGCGUUGCACUUUGGGAGGACAAGACCAACGGUGAUCCCAGCGGCUUGACAGAUUAUAUGUACCUCAGUGAUACAUCCGAGGGCUGGAUGUUUAUUCUGGGUUGGACUCCAUCGAACAAAACGUUAGACCUCGUUGCCUCACUCCAUUACCCAGAAAACGCGACGCCGUACGAGGCUACCUGGUUGGAUUAG